CCGUUCUAAUUGAUGUAAGCAGACUAAAGAGAGAAGUAUCAGAGCGAGGAAAUGGUGGAGGAGAGCCAAGAAGAAUAUCUACCAUCACUUGUCUUUAGAUGGGACGUUUUUCUGAGUUUCAGAGGCGCAGAUACUCGCCAUAACUUUACUGACAGCUUAUACAAAGAGCUCGAACUCAACAAUAUACGGACCUUUAUCGACGAUGAGGGUUUGGAGGGAGGAGAGUCAGGAGACGAUCUUUCCCCGAGCCUGUCGACGGCGAUCAAGGAAUCGGCGUCAUACAUCGCAGUUAUUUCGGAGAACUAUGCGUCAUCGAGGGAGUCAGGCUCGUCGAGGUGGUGUCUGGAAGAACUCGCACAGAUUUUGGAAACCAAGCGUCGGUUGCUUCCGGUGUUCUACAAAGUAGAUCCUUCUGACGUUCGUAGGCAGAAGGGCCCCUUUGAAGAUGACUUCUUAUGCCACGAGCGACGUCAUGGGGAGGAAAAGGUCCGGAGAUGGAGAUGCGCUAUGGAAGAAGCUGGGGGCAAGAAGGGUUGGGAUUCCAGUACCUGGAAGGAGGACAUACAGUUGAUUCGAGACAUUGUUAAGAAGGUAUUGCCUAAAGUGAAUAACAGCCCCCUGGGUGUGGCUAAAUAUCCGGUUGGUAUCAAUUUGCGUGUAGCAGAGAUAGUGGGGCUGUUAGACAUGAAAUCCCAUGAUGUCCGAGUUGUUGGAUUACAUGGAAUGGGUGGGGUUGGCAAGACCACCCUAGCUAAGGCUGUUUACAAUCGGAUUGCUGCUCACUUUAACUAUCGCUACUUUGUUCCAAAUAUUAGAGAUGCUUCGAGAACACAUAAUGGUUUGGUUUCCCUUAAACAGAAACUUAACCAUGAACUUAAUAAAGAGUACAGUGGAGGUGAGGUUGUUACAGGAGUGAAUAAUAUUUCUGAGAAGCGAGUCCUUAUUGUUCUUGAUGAUGUUGAUGAUGUAGAGCAACUUCAUGCUCUAGUUGGUAACAGUGGUAGGGUUUAUAGUGGAUGUAGGAUCAUUAUCACCACAAGAAAUAAAAGAGUUCUAAGUGAAGACUUUGCGAACUUUGUCUAUGAGGUGAAAGAAUUAAGCUCCUCUGAGUCGCUUCAACUCUUCAGUUAUCAUGCAUUUGGAAGAGGAAAACCGGCGGAAAAUUUCUUGCAUCUCUCUAAUCAAAUUGUAUCCCUCACAGGAAGACUACCUUUGGCUUUAGAAGUAUUUGGUGCUUCAAUGUUCAAUAAGAAAAAGGAGGAGGAGUGGGAAGCCGCACUGGAGAAGUUGAGAAAUAUUCAACCAGCUAAUGUUCAAGAAGUGUUGAAGAUAAGUUAUGAUGCGCUAGACGAAGAAGAGAGAUGUAUAUUCCUUGACACUGCAUGUUUCUUUGUCUCAAAUGGUAUGGAGAUAGAAAGUGCUAUUGAUAUAUUUAAGGGUUGUGGUUUCAAUGCCGAGGAGACAAUCAAAGACCUCAAAGAAAAAUCUCUUAUUAAGAUUUUGGAUGACAAUACCUUAUGGAUGCACGAUCAACUUAGAGAUAUGGGACAGGCAAUAGUUCGACAAGAAGACCUUACAAAUCCCGGAAAGCGUAGUAGAUUGUGGGAUCAUGAUGAUGUAAUGGCUGUUCUGGAUUCUGAAAAGGGUACAGGAGUGAUUCAAGGCAUCAUCCUUGACUUUGGAGAUAUUUCAGAAUCUAAAAAACUUGCUAAGAUCAGCAACCCAACAUAUUCCAUUAUUUCAUGCUUGAAGGAAAUCCUUGAGAACAUUCUUGAUUUUAAUCGACAGAAAGAGAAAGAGACCAAGCUGUGCACUGUGCCAUUUCAACCAAUGGUUAAUCUGAGACUGCUUCAAAUCAAUCAUGCGAAAUUGGAGGGAACCUUUAAACAUUUUCCUCCUGAUCUGAAAUGGCUACAAUGGAAAGGAUGUCCUUUGGAAGUUCUUCCUUCUGACUUUUGUCUUUGGAAACUUGCUGUCCUCGAUCUUUCCAAGAGCAAGAUCAAACAAGUAUGGAAUCAAAGACCAUGGUGGGGCCGGUACCAGAUGACUGAGGAGCUUCAGGUUCUGAAUCUCUAUGGUUGCUAUAACUUAACUGCUACACCUGAUUUCUCUGAGCACUCAAAAUUGGUAAAACUUAUUCUUGAAGGUUGUACUGAACUGAGACAUAUCCAUAAAUCGAUUGGGUAUCUUAGCAAGUUACGUCACUUUAACCUGAGGAGAUGUGAGAAUCUGGAGGUGUUUCCAAAUGAAAUUACCAGGUUGAGGAAGCUGGAAACCCUUAUAGUCUCUAGUUGCUACAGGCUGACAAAAUUACCCGAUGACUGGAGGCCCAUGAAGUCUUUAACUGAGCUUCUACUUGAUAAUACUGCCAUAGUAAAACUACCUGAUUCUAUAUUCCAUCUUGAGAAAAUUGAGAGGCUUGAUCUCAAAGGAUGCUUGUCAUUGAAGCAACUACCCAUCUCCAUCGGAAAAUUACCCUCUCUAAGAGAGCUUACUCUUGAUGGUUCUGCUUUGGAAGAAAUUCCUGAAUCCAUAGGAUCAUUGAAAAAUCUCGAAAUACUAAGUUUGGCGAGCUGUAAAUCAAUCACUGCAAUUCCUGAUUGCUUCCACAACCUGGCAUCCCUACUGGAACUUUUUCUUAAUGAUAUUUCAAUCGAAGAACUGCCAGAUUCCAUUGGCUGUCUUUCCCAUUUGGAGCACUUGUCAGUGAGUCGUUGCAGGUUCCUUAGCAAAUUGCCUGCUUCCAUUGGAUUAUUAGCAUCUUUGGUUGAACUUCAUCUGGAUAUGACACCAAUCAAAGAACUGCCAAAUCAGAUUGGAGACUUGAACAUGCUUCAGAAACUUAUAAUGAUUGAUUGUAAAUUGCUUGCCUGUUUACCAAAUUCAAUUGGAAAGAUGUCAAAUCUAACCACUUUGAUUCUACAAAAUUGCAUCUUAACAGAAUUGCCAGAGUCCAUAUGUUUAUUGGAGAAGCUUGAAGUUUUGAAAGUCAACAAGUGUAAACAACUCAGCCGACUUCCAGAUUCAAUUGGAAAACUAAGCAAUCUGUGCCGGCUUCAAAUGAAGGAAACUGCUGUAGCAGUACUCCCUGAAGAUUUUGGGAUGCUUUCAAACUUAAGGAUGUUGAGAAUGGCAAAAAUGCCGUGUUAUGAACGACCUCAAAAUGUUGAAGCCCAAACAGAAGAAGGCCACCAUAAGUCCAUGGUUCUUCCUGCUUCUUUCUCAAAUCUCUCUUUACUAUAUGAGUUUGAUGCUUGUUACUGCAAAAUAUCUGGGGCAAUUUCUGAUGGCUUUGAGAAUCUGUCAUCAUUACAGACCCUGAAACUAGGCCACAACAAUAUCUGCAGCCUUCCAUCUAGCCUGAUGGGGCUUUCUGUUCUCACAAAACUUUCUUUACCGUAUUGUGCAGAGCUCAAAUCUCUUCCUCCACUUCCUUCCAGUUUGGUUUGUGUGGAUGUUACAAAUUGCACUGCACUGGAAACUAUUUCUGAUCUAUCAAACUUGGAGAGUUUAGAAGAGUUGUGCCUUGCAAAUUGCCAGAAAGUAGUGGAUAUUCCAGGCGUUGAAUGUUUGAAAUCCUUAAGAAGGUUGUACAUGAGUGGUUGCACCACAUGUCAUGCAGUCGUAAAGAGAAGUCUCUCCAAGGUUACUCUGAAGCAGAUGCAAUACUUGAGCACUCCAGGAAGUGAAAUCCCAAGCUGGUUUGUUCCUGAAGUGCUGAGCUUUUCAAGCCUCAAGAACCGCAGGAUCAAGGGUAUAGUUAUAUGUGUUGUUAUAUCUCUUGACCAACAGAUACAGAGACCGGAUUCCCCUGGAAUAGUGGACAUUCGCGUAGAAAUCCUUGAUAACAGUCUCAGACAAAAGUUCUGUUCCACAUUUUACUUGCCUGGAGUUCCAGAGACUAACGAAGAUCAAUUUUAUUUCUGUCGGUAUGCGGAAUGGCAUCCACUAGUUUUUUUCCUCCAUGAUGGCUAUAAAAUGCAGGUGACACGGCAGAACCCACCAAUUUUUACAGGACUUGAACUGAAGAAGUAUGGGAUCCAUCUAGUUUUUGAAGAUGAUGAUGACUACAAUGGUGAUGAAGAAUCAUUGGAUGAAACCCAACUCUCUCUUUCAGAGAAACUGGUGAAGUUUUUCAGCUCCUUGUAAUUGGUUUAAAGCCUUGAGGUCGAAUUCUUGUGAAUUAGAGAUGGAGCAAUUGAAGCAGGAAAUGGUACCCUCAAACCUUGGAAAUCUUUCCUUCUCCUUCCCCUUUUCCUUCUGCUUCCUCUGUUCCUGUUGGCUAUUGAUGUUCUGUGCUUUCUGUGUAUAUUUUAGGCACUGUUUCUUUAAGAAACUGUAUAAGAUUGUGUUGCUUUGUUUCCC